AAAGGCGCCGCCUGCGACUGGCGAUCGACCGGCAGGUCGGCCGGAGCGCUCGGUGUACGUCGCCAGCGUGCAGCGGCUUGCCGCCGAUUGCUCGCCGAGUAUCGACGAACGAUCGACCGAUCGAUCUCCCUUUGAAGCUCUGAAGCUCGAGGUGCUCCGAAGAAAUCCGUCCCACUGUAGCCCGACUGCGCUGAUCGACUGCCCGUUUCCUCGAGCAUUUUCCCGGUCGCUCGAGCAAUUUUGUGCCUUGGGCGAUUGGCGAUCUCUGCAGAUGCUCGGAUAUGAAUCUGUGAACAAAUCUGGACGACUGGACCUUCUCUGGGCGGGGCGCUAGCGUAGAAGCAGGUUAGCCAUCUACAAAGAUGGCUGUAGUUGCAUCUCAUCACAUAGCGCAGAGCAUAACUGCUCACGCGUGGAAUGCUACACUGUCAAUGAUUGCACUUUGUCCCAACACUAGUGAAGUGCACAUUUAUACUGGUACACCUGCCCCAGAUUCCGUAUGGGAGAAAGCCUUUGUUUUGCAAAAGCACGAUCAGUUGGUGUCUGGGAUUGAUUGGGCACCUAUUUCUAACUACAUAGUUACAUGCUCACACGACCGAAAUUCUUACGUGUGGAGUUUCGACGGUACUCAGUGGCAACCAACACUUGUGAUCUUGCGUUUAAAUCGUGCUGCUAUCUCAGUCGAUUGGAGUCCGAAAGAAAACAAAUUUGUGGUUGGAAGCGGUGCUAAAAGUGUGUGCGUGUGCUACUACGAGGCAGACAACAACUGGUGGGUCAGUAAAAUUAUCAGAAAGAAGCAUGGUUCCACCGUCACUGGCGUUGCCUGGCAUCCAAAUAAUCUGUUGAUAGCUACAACAUCAACAGAUUGCAAGUGUCGAGUGUUUUCUGCCUACAUCAAGGGGGUCGAUUCUAAGAUAAAUCCAGGGACGACUUUUGUUGAUACAAAGUUUGGGGAGCAAGUGUUACAACUUGACCUAGCAUUCGGAUGGAGCUUUGGAGUAAAAUGGUCUCCCACUGGUAACAGUUUGGCAUAUGUGGGACAUGAUUCGACUUUGCACAUAGUCAGUAACAUCGGGCCGACUCCAUCUCAUCAGACGAUAAAUCUUCGACAACUGCCCCUUCGUGAUAUUUUGUUUCUCUCAGAAACUAGACUUGUCGGAGGAGGUUUCGAUUGUAAUCCAAUGCUCUUCGAAAUUGAUCCCAAAAGAGGAGUCUGGACUUUUGUGAAAUUUGUGGACGAGGCAAAGUCAUCCACUCAUGACUUGAAGUCGAGUACUUUGUUCCUAGAAGCGAUGGGAAGGUUUCACGGACAGACCAGGCGCGGUACUCAUGAAGCUUUUGAAACAUCCCGGGCAUCUGGCUUGGCUCAUGACAAUUGCAUAACGUGUAUUGUCCCUCUGAUUUCAGCCGGGGAGGUAAAUGGACAAGAAACAGGGGAGAAAGUUGUGCAAGCAUUUAGUACAUCAGGUGUCGAUGGGAGACUGAUCAUUUGGAGUUUCAGCAACAUAACUGAGCUUCUAGCAAAACUUCAAAUAUGAUUUGAACCUCAAGUCUCCCUCGACAGUGACAAAACUGCAUGGAAUGUGGGAAGGAAUAUUUGGAAGCUCAAAUCCAGUUUCUCAACUAUGUAGGCCAAAUUUAUCUGUCUGAGUAGUAAUUUUUUCGUGAGUUGGAAUUCUGUCAAAUUAUUGUUGACAAGCUCCACAUUACCAAAGUGUGGAAUAUAGGGAAUAGACUGCAGUUACUGUAAAUUUAUCCAGAAAGUUGUGCAGGAUUGAGAUAGAGAUGAUUGAAGAAUUCAUUAUUAUCAACGGAGAUGUUGAAGGUAUUCAUUGUUUUCGAGUUAUCAUGUCUGAUAUGAGCUUCGACUAGCAGAGAUUAGUUCUUCAUGUGUGUUUUCCUCUGAAUAUCACCCUCUCUCCAUUCAUGAUCGAGUCCAUGGUGGAUGUAUGUCUUGUGGGGUAUUCGCUACACCUUCGGUAACAUGUACAUCAUCACCCAAUGUCCUAAAGACACCUAAUUGUAGAUACCU